CUCGGGCAGUUGCUCGGCGAUCCCUGCUUCCUCUCGUGAUCAUCACAGCCUUCCUAAUACGAGAGAGCCUGGCCACAGAUUCCCUGCGAUUUGCCUUGGACGCCAGCUUCCUCCCGGAUAGACACAACAGAGCCCUCGCGCCGCGCCCUGUCCACCCUCACGCGACACACCCGACCAGGCCUUUGUGGCGCGACACCGACGCGCUCCGCCGCGGCGAGAAGGCCCAUCGACGAGCCGCCUGGCCACGCCCGAUUCGUCUCCAAGCAGAGCGGAACUGGAAUAGAGUCAAGCCCGGAAGACGAUGCAGGUGGAGACACGGAAAUUGAACUACUUGUCAGAGCCACCACCUUGGCCCUGAUCGUGCCGUCUUGCAUCACCCAUCCGUUGUGUUUCUGUCCCUGGAGGGAGCCGAAGCCAACGUGUACAACACGGCCGCCCAUCCAAGACUUGCAGACGCUUACGAAGAAGACGAGAAGAAAGGAGCAGGAAAACAAGCAGAGGAGACACAGAGGAGGUUGAAAGACAAGAAUUGAGUGGGCAAAGAGGAGUGCAUACGAUUGACAAGCCGAAGAGGGAGCCAAGGACGACUAAAAGGAAGCAAGUCGAGACGGGCACCAGUCGGGGGUUGUAAAACGACCUCGGUCAUGUCUCCCGCCCCAGGCUCCGACGAGGGCAUGGCCACGCUGGCGCCGCCCCUACCACACGAGACGAAUCCUCACUCACCCGCUCCAAGCGAGCCCCCGCCAGCACCAAAUCCAGCCUCGGACCCCAGGCUGGCAAAAGACCAUGAGCCCUCGGCCGUCACAAGUCCAACAACGGCCGGCAAGUAUGGGGACGGCACGGGCUCCUCUCUCCGUGACCUGCCUGCCGACAUAUUCCAAAUCCCCGCGCGGGCGACCCUGCAGCUGCUCGCCGACAGCGUCGAAGCCCUGGUGCACCUCACCGGAGACAUCCCGCCCUCGCCAGCCCCCGAGAGGCCCGAGAUGCCACACAUGCGCGGCAUGGACGCGGAGAAGAAGGACAUCGUCCGCUCGCAUUCGGAGCGCACGCUGGUCCGCAUGCGCCUCGAGGCCGAGGCCGCAGCCGCGCGCACCGCCGAGAGCCAGCAGUCGUCGGCGGCACACGUAUCGGCAGCCAACGCGGGCGGCAGCAGCUCGCAAGAAGCCAUAGAAGUAGAUGGCGUCCGCCUCCGCAACGCGCCGCAGCCGAUCCCGCCCCCUUCCUCGCCGGAGCCGUACGUGGUGGUGGGGGCCAACCAGCAGCCCGUCAACGUGCAGCACAGCGCCAUCACGCGCAAGUUCUACAGCCGCAACCCGCCGCCCAUAAGCAUCGGCGACUACCUGCGGCGCCUGCACCGCUUCUGCCCGGCCAGCCCGGCCGUAUACCUGGCGGCGUCGGUCUACAUCACGCGCCUGGCCGUCGACGACCGCGCCAUCGCCGUGACGCGCCGCAACGCGCACCGCCUGCUGCUGGCCUCGGUGCGCGUCGCCACAAAGGCGCUCGAGGACCGCAGCUGGCCGCACCGCCGCUUCGCGCAGGUGGGCGGCAUCAGCGUCGCCGAGCUGACGCGCCUCGAGAUCAGCUUCUGCUUCCUGGCCGGCUUCGAGCUUCUGGUCUCGCCCGAGGCCAUGCGGCGCCACUGGGUCGUCAUGCGGGACUCGCCCAUGGGUGGUGCGUCGCUGGGCGAGUUCGGCGAGGGGGGCUCGGGCCGCGGCCGCGCCGACGGGGCGCUGGAGAUGAGCCUCCCGAGCAGGCAGAAGAGGGAGCCCGAUUCGUCCGACGACCAGCAGCACCAGUGAACACCGAGGUUGGCACGGGCCCGGCCGACAGUGGAUUUCACUUCACCAUGAUGUGGCGUUGGCCUGAUGGCUCACCGCGUAACCAGUCCAUCAUACAUCUCAUCACUCCUACUCUGUUGCAUUGCCUUUCUGUCAACAUUGUUUAGCGCUGUUAGCUUUUGGCGGUUUGCUUUUGCCUGUUUUGCUUGUCAUAGCCUGAAUUUUUACAAGGUUGCUAGGCGUGCUUUUGUCGAAGCCUUUAGUCAAGGAAGGCAUAUUUGAUACCCAGCUGGACACGGCGACCCUGAUCCCGAGUUGCCUUUUACAACGAGACUUUGCUAUUCCGAAAUAACAAAGCGUCCAUGUGAUAAUGCCCAGAACUCGACGUGGAAAAUGGGUUUCUGAAGUGCCUGAUGAGUGCUCGGGUGGCAGCGGCAGUGGCUGAGACAUGACAACGGCAGGGUCCAUUGGGGUUAC